AUGGUUCCGGCGUACUCACCGGAAGUCCAACCUCAGAAGAAACCGGCCAAAUCCUCCAACUGCGUUAAGAACACUCUCAACUCAAUUAGAUCUCACCUUUCUUCACACCCUCGCUUCUGGCUCUUCAUCGCUUUCCUCUGGAUUCAAGCCCUAAUUAUUUCAAUUGCCCGUACUCCUCCGCCUUGUUUCCCUGACCGGACCGCCACCGCCGCGGCUGCCGUCGCCGCCGUUCCUGUCCCAACCCCCCUCCGCUUCAUCCCACCCCACGACGACGUCGUAUCGGCAUCCAAUUCAAAAUCUGCAACGAACGCCACCCAACCCGAACCCCCCCCGGCUCGAUUCAACGACGACUGCCCCUCCGGUAGGGUUUACGCCUACGAGCUUCCUUCCGUAUUCAACAGGGAUUUGGUGCUCCAGAACUGCACUGAUCUAGAUCGGUGGAACUGGGAAUGCGGGAUUAUUUCCAACCACGGCUACGGCCGCGCCGCCUCCGAGCUCCGCCGUCUCCUCCCCGGUGAUCUCUACAAAUCGUGGUACCACACGAAUCAGUUCACCCUCGAGGUUAUUUUCCACCACCGCAUCCUCAAGCACAAAUGCCGAACCCUCGAUCCAGAAUCCGCCACAGCGUUCUACAUCCCGUUCUACGCCGGACUCGCCGUCGGCAAACACCUCUGGACGAACGACACCGCCGCCCGCGACCGCCACUGCAAGACAAUGCUCCGGUGGGUCAAGAACCAGAAGCACUGGAAAAACUUCAACGGCUCCGACCACUUCACCACGGUCGGCAGAAUCACCUGGGACUUCCGGCGAUUGACCGACCCGGGCCAAAAAUGGGGCUCCAGUUACCUCAACAUGGCCCCAAUGCAAAAAAUCGCCCGCUUCAUCGUCGAGAAAUUCCCCGGCGACGAAAUGGACGUCAGUGUACCCUACCCCACCGGAUUCCACCCCAAAACAAAAGAAAACCUCCUCCAAUGGCAGAACUACAUCCGCGACCACAAUCGUCAAACCCUCUUCACCUUCAUCGACACAAAUCGGAACUGGGCCGACAACGAUCUACGCAAGCUCCUAAUGGACUACUGUAAAGAAGAGCCCACCUGCCACCACGUGGACUGCGCAGUAUCUGAUUGCCCCACCAACUCGUCGGUGAGUUUAAACCCACUUUUGGAAUCGGAGUUCUGUUUGCAGCCAAAGAUGGAGAGUUACACGAGCAAGUCGGUUUUCGAAUGUAUGGUCGCCGGAGCUGUGCCGGUUUUCUUCUGGAAGACUUCGGCGGCGGCAUACGAGCAGUACGAGUGGUUCUUGCCCGGUGAACCGGAGAGUUACUCUGUUUUGAUUGACCAUGACGAUUUGAAGAACGGGACUUCUUCGGUGAAGGAAUUCUUGAUGAGGUAUAGCAAAGAGGAGAUUCGGAAGAAGAGAGAGAAAUUGAUAGAGAACAUUCCGAGGAUUAUUUAUGCGAAACCGAAUGGAGGGAUCAAGAGUUUCAAAGAUUCUUUUGAUAUUGCUCUUGAUGGGGUUUUGGAGAGGAUUAAGGAGGAAAAAGAAUGGGCAGAUUUCUUGUAA